GUUCAAGAAGGAUUACUACUAUUAAAGUGCAUGGGCCUGACACACCACAACCAAAACCCAUACUCCGAGGCCCAAACCUAACAAAGUUAACGUCAUUCUAGUCGAGCUAAAACCCAAAGUACUGAUUGGAAACCCCUUUUCAUUCACGGCAGUACCAGCGGCCACCGUCGCCGGAGAAACAUCAGUAAAAUGUUUGCCUUAUGCAAAGAUCUCGCGAAGCAGAAACUCACCACGCUAGUGGCUCCGCAAUGGCAGCAGUCGACGAUGGCGGCUGUGAGGAGGAAUUUCAGCUGUUUGGCGGAGGAGAAAAGAGUGAUGAAAGAUCACAACCGCCGGCUGAUGGCGGAGAAAUUCGAAGUGAAGCGGAACCUCUACAAAGCCCUGUGCCGAAACCCAGAUCUCCCUGCUGAGCUCCGGGAAAAACAGCGGUACAAGCUGUCCAAGUUGCCGAGGAACAGCGCCUUUUCCCGGAUUCGAAACCGUUGCAUUCUCACCGGCCGACCCCGCGCCGUUUAUCAAUUGUUUAGGAUGUCUCGUAUAUGCUUCAGGGAAUUAGCCUCGAAAGGUGCUCUUAUGGGCAUUAAGAAAGCAUCUUGGUAGAGAAACAGAGAAAACCCCUCAUUUUAUCACGGUGUCUUGUCCUGUUUGCCCUGUACAAGGUUUACUUUUCCUGUGGCAGAAGUGCUUGUGUUUCUCUGAGCUUGGUGCUUUUUAACAGACUCAUAGCCAGUUAACAGAAGUAAUUUAUUAUCUGGCAGAUACUUGGAAGACAUGUAAACUGGAGGAAAACGGUGAAGAUUCAUUCAAGCCUUGCCUGGAAUAAUGUAGUUGCAUAGUUCGCAAUUUACAUUGAAUCAGCUAGGAUUCUAGCUUAUAGACUAUAUCUGUUUCUAUUGAGGUUAUAUAUCUGUUCAUCUGUGUUUUUUUUUUUUCCGGGUUGUUGACAACACGUAUAACUCAAGGUUUUCUUUCAUACUUGAAAAAAUUCAAUCCCUCUUUUCCUUUUUUUUUUUUAUUAAGGCUAGAAAGGAAAGAUCAUCCAUCUACAGUUGCUUGAAAUAGGAUCUUGUUGAAUGAACCAGUAGAACUUUGCUAUCCCUUGUGUUAGUGUGCUUUUUUCUCCUCCUUGAUUAAAUAUAAUUUUCCAACUGUGGAAGAAGACAUCAAUAAGGGCAGGACCGGGCAGGCAGAUGGCAUGUUUCGUGUAAUGUUUUUGACACCAAAGCAACCACUUCGCUAUUCUUUUAAGAUUAUCAAUGAAUGAUCGUCCUACGACAUUCAUUAAUUUGGUUGGUGAAUCCUUACUCUUAUGUGGCGAGACUAACAAUGGAUCUCUACUGCCAUUCAUGGGAAUAGCCCAUCGUCAUCUUUUGCUACUCUUUCCUUAUAAAGGGUAUCAGUUUAUAUUUUACAAUUCUCAAGUGGAGAAAAUAUGAGUUAAAGAUAUUCUUUGUCUAGUUGCUUUUAUUAGCCUUGAAGAAGCCAGUUUGGGGGGUAUGGUUGUUUGUCAAGUGUCAACCGGUGUUGUUUUUUCAAUUAUCUUGCUGGUGCUGAGUUGUAACCAAAACGCAAUAUCACAG